CUAUGUUCUCUUUCUUCCAUCUUUAGGGUUUUGAUUUGAAUUUGUGUGUUUGUUUCGUUCACUUGGUGCCCCUGUGCUUCAAUCUUGAGUUUGUUUUAAUUUCUUAUUCAAAUUCACGUUCUCUCUCCAUGGCACUGUUUUCUUCCUCCUGAUUUUUAGGGUUUUCUAUUUCAUUUCAAUUUUUAGGUUUUCAAUAGCACUGUUGUUGGGUGACCAUUUCGUCGAACUUGUUCGAUUUUUUAAGUCAUGGGUUCAUCUGGUGACAAUGGUUCUUCAAACAAGUUAUUUGUUCACCAUUCAAUGAAAACCAAUUUUGUUGCUGGUUUGAAUGCAAUAUUGACUGAGGAGCACAAGGAUGUUAUUUCGAAGACGCCAUUUGCAUGGUUUUUAGAAUUGCAGGAUAAUCUAAAGAUUGGUAGGAAUAUUUUGAGUGAUUUACUGAUUAGAUGGGUUGAUGAGAGAGGUGGUUUUAAAUUUGGAGAUAAAUUUGUUGAAUUCAAGGAAGUGGAUGUCAGCUUAGCCUUAGGUUUGGGUUUAGUUGGUGAUGAAAUUAACUUGAAUGCCAAAUAUUUUUCACCAAGUCCAUUACAGAAAUACUUUGGUAAAGCAAAAGGAAAAUAUGAACUGGAUAUGAUAUACCAUUUUGUUUUGAAAGAACACAAAAAGUUGCCUUGUAAGGAUGUAUGUAGCCUUUACGUUUUUGUUGGAAUAAGUGAGGUAUUGUUACCUUGUCGUACUCGAAUAGUAUUCCCAAAUUUGUUUGAAAUUGUUGAUAGCACAAGUGAUUUGAGUCCUUUUUGUUGGGAUCGUACAGUUUAUCGUUAUCUACUUAGUAGUUUUAGCAAAGCUUUUGUAGCCUGGAAAGGAGGAAAAGGUGCAACUACUGUCUAUGUCGAUGGAUGCGUGUACGUGUUUAAGGUAAAUUUUUUGCAUGCAUUGUUUGUUGGGAAUUACUUCAAAUGACUGAUAUUGACUUGAAUGAUGUAACUCGGGUUUGGUUUUGUGAUCGUUUCCUUCCUUCAAAUUCUGUUGUCCAUAAAUUCCCAAGAAUUUUGCAUUGGAUGACUGUAAAUGUAGGUGACAAGUUUGUCAAAGCUGCAAUGGAAACGGGUGUGGUAUGUAUUCGUACAAUGUUUUAUUAAUUUUUGAAUGAAUUGGAUGGUUUAAUACAACGCAAUAGUAAUUGUCAUUAAUUUGCAGAUGCUUGAUGAGUAUGGCAAAUCAAGGAAAGAAAUGGGUGUGUCAUGUUCGAAAGCAUCAGUAGAUGAAGAGAACAAUGAUGAUGGUUUAGAUUAAGUCUUACAUGAACAAGAUGUUCUUAUUGAAGAACUAGAACAAGAGUUAUUUGCAUUUAAGGGUGAGUUGCUUGAAGACAUAAAUACAGAUAAAGUUGCUUUAGGAACAACAGUUAAAGAACAAGAAUUUUUCAAUGAUUUUGCAAGUGAGGGACGAAAUUACUGCAAUGAAAGCGAUAAGAAGUAAGGACAACGUCGAAAGCGUUUCAAAAGCAUAGCCUGUAGAACUCCCUACACCGGUUACAGUCCAAAUCUUGGUUGACAGUUAUCUCAUUUUUAUAAUAUUGUAGUAUUUGGUAUUUUUAUAAGGAUGUAAACUUGUAUUUGAAACAGUUAAUGUGAUUGUGAAUAAUGAAAGUUAUUUUUGGAAAGUAUAUUUUAGUGUGGUGUGCAUUCCCU